AUGGACAGACUGGUUAAAGCAGAUGUGAAGGAGGUGAACAUGGUGUUUACCAGAGGUCAGAAGUGUUCUACAACCUUCAGAUUAACCAAUCUCAUGCACACCAUGUCCGUUGCUGUCUCUCUCAAUACUACAAACCCAUCGCUCCUCUCCUUCAUUCACCAAUUCUCCAUCAUUCCUCCUCUCGGUACCGCUUCUUUCACUCUCAUCCUGUCUAAACCGUCCGAUCAUCCGCCGCUCUCGACCCCACCGGACAACGUUCUUGUCCGGUCAUCCAUGCUGCCCACCGGAAAAGCCAACCAGGAAGAUCUCCGGAGACUGUUCUCCAAACAUGGCCCGCAUAUCUUUAAGGACGUCACGAUUCCGAUCUCCUUUGUUGGGACUCACGUAAUCGAACACCUGAUCUCAUCUUCCUCUUCCAAAACCCUAGAAAUCGCAUUUACUUUAUCAAAAGCCAUUUCGUUGUGCGAAGAGUCACAGCUCACUUGCUUACUGAGAUCCGCUGCUAUGAACGGGAAGUCCUACGUUGUCUCCUCUCUGCUCGACGCCGGAGCCGAUGUUAACAACCGGGAUUCCGAUGGUGUUUCCGUGAUGUCGCUGGCUGUCAGAUCUGGAGAUCUGGACACGGUUCGGAUUUUGAUGGAGUCUGAUUGUGUGAUUGAUCAUCGAAAUGACCGACUCUUGCACGAUGCAGCUUCUUUAAACCGGGUGGAUUUAAUGGAAGUUUUGUGUAUGGGUUACUUGGAUAUCGAUGUGAAUUCGAUUGAUUCAGAAGGUCAAACACCUCUUCAUGUUGCUGCAUGUCAUGGCUAUAUUGAAGUACUUGAGUUCUUGAUUACUUUAGGAAGCGACCCCGAUUUAGCCGAUCACAACGGCUGGACUGCCCUCCAUUGCUGUUCCAUGGAAGGUCAUUCAGAAGCGGUUGAAUUCCUGCUAAACUGUAUCAGUUAUGUGAAAUAUGCGGUAACUAAAGAAGGAAAGACUGCAUUCGAUCUUGCAGUUGAAAACGAGCAUACAGAUCUUUACGAUAUGUUACAUUUGGGAGAUGUUUUACAUCGAUCAGCAAGAAAAGGAGAUGUGAAUGGAAUGAAGAAUUGUUUAGCAGAAGGUGCGAAGGUGAACGGAAGGGAUCAGAAUGGGUGGACGGCGUUGCAUAAAACGGCUUUUAAGGGUUGUUUUGAAGGGGUGAAGGUGUUGCUGAAUCAUGGUGGUCGGGUGGAUGUGGUGGAUGGUAGUGGGUACACGCCGCUUCAUAGGGCGGUGGAGGGAGGGCAUGUUCAGGUGGCGAUGCUAUUAAUCGGUCAUGGAGCAAAAGCUAGCAUGAAGUCUCUUGCUGUCCAUGAUUUAGAUUCUUUUAAGAAUUAUUCGCAAGAUAAAAAGAGCUUAUUAACAAGUAUGUAA